AUGGUCUCAUUCGUUUUGUGCACAAAGCCCCUUGAGGACCGACACACUGCAGAAAACAUCGCUCGCUGGAUUGAAGAGGUUGCCAAGAAGUUUGACUUCUCUCUCCGUGAUGAUCUCCAGGCGAUUGUCCACGAUAAUGCAGCUAAUGUGGUGAAAGCCCUUAGAAUCCUUGAGGAGAGGCAUGGCGUUGCCUCACUUCGAUGUGCUGGCCAUACCACCCAGUUGAUCGUCAACCAUGCUUUGAAAGAUCCCCGGAUCAACAAGGCACUUGGGGCAGCAAGGAGCCUCGUCGGGUACUUCCAUAGCAGCGAUGUCGCCACCCUGAAGUUGAAACUCAAACAAGAGCAAAUGGGCACAGCUCAACACAAGUUGACCCAGGAUGUAGCUGUUAGAUGGAAUAGUUCUUAUUAUAUGAUCACACGCCUCCUUGAGCAGCGGUGGCCUGUAACCGCAACCCUCUCAGACCCAGAGGUCACCAAGGCAGCAAAGCACUACAUGGAUAUGAAAGCUGACCAGUGGAGCCUCCUGGAGGAGCUACAGAAAGCACUUGAGCCCUUCGAGCAAGCCACCGUCUUCCUGAGUGGAGAGGCAUACGUCACAGUCUCUGUCCUGCCUCCGCUGGUGAAAGGCCUACAGAAGUCCACGCAGACAGCCUUUGAGUCUGCUCCCAUCGCCACCUUCCAAACAGCAGCCGCAGCAGAGAUUGCUUCAAGAUGGAAGAUUGAGACAACAUAUGAUGAAGACGGGAACAAUGUGUGCAUCUUCGCUGCGGCCCUUGAUCCGAGAUUCCGAAAACUCAAGUUCCUAUCCACAGACGACAUCCUGAAGGUGAAAAUCAAACUUCAGACCCUUGCACUUGAAGCCAGACGAGUGCAAGUGAGGGAAGAGCCUGAAGAAGAUGACUCCCCCAGUGGCCAGCCAGAUCACUCCAGACAGAAGCCAAAGUCUGUUCUGGACACGUUGCUUGGCACAGAUGAUGAGGAGGAGCUGGAAGAUGAAGACCCAGGCCAAGAAGACCAGAAGGAAGAUGCUGUCAGGAAUGAGCUGCUUGUGUACUUUGGGGAGAAACCCAUCCCAAAGGACAAAAACCCACUCCAAUGGUGGAAGGAAAAUGAAACGAGGUUCCCCGCCCUGGCUGUUGUGGCGAAAUCCUAUCUGGCUGCCCCUGCAACAUCCACAUCUUCGGAACGUCUGUUCUCAGCAGCAGGGACCAUCGUGAGCAAAAAAAGAGCAAGCCUCAGCAAAGAGCAUGUGGACAUGCUCACAUUCCUACACAGUAAUUCAGUGUAG